GUUUUCACCAAAAAAAAAAAAAAAAAAAAAAUCUCCAUGAGUUAGAGAAGCAAAGAAAGUCUGGGACUUCUGGAAGCCAGUAAAACUGCCUAGUAAGCCAAAAAUAACAUCUGUAAUUGGCCUCUCACACAGUCACAGAUCCUUUGAUUCUGAGCUGACUUGUUCUGGAUGUUUACAGUUUAAUUCCUGCAUCAGUUUCAAGGACCCCCAAUACGAUUGAUUGCUUGGAAAAUACAGAUGUGAUUAGUUCAGUGUGUCUGGCAUAAUUCAGAGGUUCGGACACACUUUUACACGAAUGGCCUCUAACUCCAUGUCUCAUCUGUUUAAGUGAACAUGUUCAUAUAAUUAUCCAAUUGUGUGCCUGACAGGUUCUGAAUCAGAGUAUGAUCCUUCAUGUAGAACUGUCCAAAUUAUUUAAAAUCGAGUACUGUAUGUUUAGCAUAAAAUAUUUAAGCAGAUAAUUGCAUUGUCACUAUAUUGUGACUUCAUACCUCUUAUUGUAAAUUUUAUCUCAGAAUUACCUUUCAUGUUUUUUAUUCUGAGGUAGAAAUGGUUUCAAUAGUUCAGAGAGAGAAAUAUAAGAUUUUAUUACAUUUGAACCAACAUCAGGUUGGCAUACGUUUUUUUUUCUUCACGUGAAGAACAUUUUACAAAUCUAAAGAAUAUAUUUCCACAAUAAAAAACAUUUUGGCAAUGGAAAGAUCCCAUGGAUGUUAAAGGUUUUUCAUGGAACCUUCAGUGCCAGUAAGGAACAUUUAUUUUUAAGAUUGUAUAGUCACACAAGGAAGUCCACUAAACUGUUUUUUUUAAGCACUCACACAACCCAAGUUUAGGAUUUAUUGAUGGUAGGCAUGGACAGAUUGUUCCUAACUUCAUGAACACAAAACAUGACUGGAAAAGUAACAUAGCUGCGGUGUACUGUGAAAUACACAAAAACAAAUCCUGAAAAAGUUCCAGAAUUGGGGUUGUAAAGGAGUGCCCUCUGUUCCACUUUACUGUGUCCGAGCAUUUUCUCAAUUGGUUACAUAUGUGUCCCCGCUUGUUAUUGACAGUCCUUAGAUGGCCAGGCAGGAUAUCAGCUUGUGGGGGAACUUUUUUUAACCUCAAAACAUUAUUUGUAUGACCAAAGCCUUUAAAUAGUGGAGUCAGAAGUCCCUUCACCAGUAACAGCGCAUCACAACAUGUGGACAAUCACAAGCACACUCCUGCUUACAUACUGCCUCUGGGCACCUCUCGUUCAGAGCCAGGAUCACGAUGACAUCCAGCCAGGAUACAGGAGGAACGUCUGGGAAAACAUGAAUGACUUUCUUACCAAAGGUACCAAAGAUAAAUGCAGCACAAGUGUGAUAGGACGAGGAGAUCUCACUAAGCUCCGCAUUACUUGCCAUGGCACGGAGCGCUCUUACUGGUGCGAGUACCAGGGCAAGCCUCAUGUCUGCCGCUCUUACAACAAGAACCCAUCGCACUAUUUCAAGCAGAUCAUGUGGGACCUCCGCAAGCUGCCGAAUGCUUGCCAGGGCAAGCGCAUCCUCAAGCCUCAAAUGUGCAAGAGAGCUUCAGACGAGGCUAAGAUGGUCUUCACAAGCGCAUCCUUUUCAAACACCAAGCCAAUGGACAUGCCCUACAGUACAAUUACUACACCCAUACCAACUACACCACAACCAACUACGCCGGUGCCCGUGAGUGAGGCCAAGAAACUUGCCCAGGACUACUGCUGGAACAAUUUGCAGGGUGUCUGUUCCUUUUUCAUAGGGUGGUUCAGAAACUAAGAAAAGGCCACUCCCAUGUCCACAGACGAUUAACGCAAUUCAAGAUGACUCCAAAUGUCUUAACCGCAUGAUGUUUUGGACUGACGGGGAAAAAUGGAGGUGUUUGUUAAGACUGACAGGACUUUGGGAACACCAUUAAUUUUUUUCUUAUGUAUGCCAAAUGUACAGACUCUAAUGUACAUGUAAUCAGAAUUGACAAGAUUAGACAGGUAUCAAUUAAUUUAGAUGUUGAGCAUAAUGCUGGCUUGUUUUCGUCUCCAAAUGUAAACUAUAUGAUGAGGAACUUCAUCUUAGCAUGUGUACUGUAUGCUAUAUGUGUAUUAAUCUUGCUAUGUUAUAUAUUUAUGAGUGCUGACCAACUGAGUCAACAUCUCUGAGAGCUGUGCAGCCACAGGUAACUUCAGACUGUAAUAUAUCAAUGUGAAAAUGUAUAAUGUACAUUUUAUAGUGGAGUAAGUAAAACUUUUUCUUU